UUCUUCUCCCUCCCACCACUCGAUCCCCUUCUAACACUUCACCAUAAGAUGAACACCUUGUUCCCAAACACCCUAUUCUCUCUACCACUAAAACCUAAACCCCUACUCACUCCCGCAACAACAACAACAACAAUUUCCGCUCUAUCCAAUCGAGCUAUUCAUUUAUAUAAAUGCAAAGCAUGCAACAACAGGAAUGCAUGGAUAGAGGAGUACGAUUUAUACGAGCUCUUGGGGGUGGAGAGCUCGUCGGAGCAGCCGCGGAUAAAGGCCGCGUACCGCGCGCUGCAGAAGCAGUGCCACCCCGACGUCGCAGGGUCCGCCGGCCACGACAUGGCCGUCAUCCUCAACGAUAUCUAUGCACUUCUCUCCGACCCCGUCUCCCGCUCCGCCUACGAUCAGGAGCAAGAAAAACUCUCAGAAUUCCGAGGAUACACGGGAAAACCGACCUAUUCGACGUGGUUCGGGGCCGAGACCGAAGAUCGUGCCGUCUUUGUGGACGAGCUCAGAUGCGUCGGUUGCUUGAAAUGUGCUCUCUUUGCAAGCAAAACAUUUGCCAUCGAAUCGGUCUACGGGCGUGCUCGUGUUGUCGCCCAGUGGGCUGAUCCCGAAGAGAAGAUCGUCGAGGCGAUCCAAACCUGCCCGGUCGACUGCAUCUCGGUUGUCGAAAGAUCUAACCUGGCAGCCCUGGAAUUCCUGAUGUCGAAGCAGCAGCGCGGCAGUGUGAGGUUGUCUGCAGGUAACACCGUGGGAGCGCGAGCGUCAGACAUUUUUUCUGAUGUCAACAAGUUUCAGAGGAGAUUCAGGGAGAUCAAAGAAAAAGCUUCAAGGAAAGAGUCCAAGGAGUCGGACCUUCUAAGAAAAUCCAGGAUUUCAGCUGUUCAAGGAAUCCGAUCGAUCUCAAAUUGGUGGUACUGGACGCCUUUCAAAUCUGCGACAGUCGACACUGAAACCUCACUAAUUCCGAUCCCCAGUACACGAAGAAUCGACACGUCUGCCACAGAAAGACUUAAAGAAGCAGCUGCCGCCAAAAGAAAAGCAGAAGCCAUCCGACGGGCAUCGAUAUCUUACCGCAACAACGAUGACUACUGGACCCCGAUGCUCGCCCUUCCAUCUCAGUCCGGCAAUUUCAAUAUGCCAAAAUCCUCUACAGGGUCCGAAAAGAGUGAUCUUUUGGAGGACUCAGAUGCGAAUCGAGGAACGACGAGAGUCGAGAAAGAGAAAUGGGGGGUUGAUUUGAAGGCCCCUCUUCUGAUGGCAAUGGUUUCUGCAGCAGCUGUAGGGUAUAAAGGGGGAGAUGCAGCAGAGAGUGUUGGACUCAAAGAACACAUUGGUGGUGAUGUGGUAUUGAGAGUUGUCAAUAGCUUUGAGUUGCAGGUUUUGUUAGCAGGAGUUACUUGGUUUGUAAUUGGGCUGAUUGUUGUAGGUUUAGUUACAGUUGUUAGAAAGGGAGAGAAUGCUUAAAAGAUGAAGAAAAGAAGUUGAUGAGGGGAUGAUACAACACUCGUGAUGUAAUAGUAUGUAUACAUAUAAGAGACAAGGGUACACAUAUACUGUUGAUAUGAAGUUACACUGAAUGACAAGAACAAAAUGGCAUAGAUAUAAUCAGGGCAAAUAAUAGGAGUAAUGAAUUUUCUUUAAAAAAGGAUAUGGUUGCAUCCCAAA